AACGCAACCUAUGUUCACUGGAUCGAAUAAGAUCGGAUAUGCUCAAUUUCGCCGGGCAUAUUUUGUGCCAGAACAUCUAAUUACAGUGGAAGUUGAUCAUGCAUUAAUUAAUAGAAAUAUUUUGUAAUGUUAUGCCGGCGCUAGUGUUAGAUUAUCAGACAGACGAGAUGAUCACGCGGUCAAUAGGCUCGUUAUCUCGAUUACAUGAAAAGUGAUCUUAGGCUGUCUGGGUUGUCAGUAUCGAGUAUUAAAGAAGCAUUUAACGUUGACCGGUGUUUGCAUUGCCCUUCGUGGCACAGCCCGUAAAGCGUUCCACAUUCUGGUCUGUCCGGUGGCGUGUUUCAGAUUGCGCGGUAUAUGACGAGCUGGCUCCAGAAUAUAGAAAAAUGAAUAUUCUAAAUAAUAUGUCUGCAGCUUUUUGGUCACCAGAUAUUUGGUUACCGCCUAAUAUAACAUGGCAAGACAUCAGUCCCAGUGCAGACAAUAAAUAUGCUAAUUAUCAGCAUUUAAUAUAUCCCUUGCCAAUGGCAUUUAUUCUUCUAGGAAUAAGAUAUGCUCUUGAAAGGUAUUGGUUUGCCCCCUUUGGGAAAUCUCUUGGUAUAAAAAAUACAAGAAGUAAAAAGGCUGUACCCAAUGAAAUAUUAGAAAAGGCAUAUCUUAGUAAGAAAACUAAGCAUAAGCAAAUACUGGGAUUAGCUAAACAGUUAGAUUGGACAGAAAGACAAGUGGAAAGGUGGCUUCGAUUACGUCGUUCACAGGACAAGCCAUCUACUCUUACAAAAUUCUGUGAAAACAGUUGGAGAUGUGUUUAUUAUAUAUAUUCUUUUUUGUAUGGCCUUAUUGUCUUGUGGGAUAAGCCUUGGCUUUGGGAUAUAAAUCAUUGUUACUAUAAUUACCCUUAUCACCCUGUUACUAAUGACAUAUGGUGGUAUUAUAUGGUAUCAAUGGCACUUUAUUGGUCAUUAAGUUUUUCUCAAUUUUUUGAUGUAAAAAGGAAAGAUUUCUGGCAAAUGUUCAUUCAUCAUAUAGCUACUAUUAUACUCAUGUGUUUCUCAUGGGUUGGAAAUUUAACGAGAAUUGGCUCUUUGGUUUUGCUGGUACAUGAUUGUGCAGACAUAUUUUUAGAGGCGGCAAAAAUAGCAAAGUAUGCAAAUUAUCAGAAAUUGUGUGAUUUUAUAUUUGCUAUUUUUACAAUUUUGUGGGUUGUGACACGUAUGGGUAUAUACCCAUUUUGGAUAAUUUAUAGCACAUCUAUAGAGGCACCUAAAAUAGUACCGAUGUUCCCUGCAUAUUAUAUUUUCAAUUCUCUAUUAAUUUUACUACUGUUACUCCAUGCAAUUUGGACUUAUUUAAUCCUUAAGAUCGCAUAUAAUGCUUUCAAUGCUGGUCAGAUGGAAGGUGAUAUUCGCAGUAAUAGCAGCGAUGAAAUAUCCGACACUUCAGUUAAUAAUACACCCAUAAACAGUACUGCAAAUUAUAUUAAUAAAUCGAAUUCAAGGCCAAAAGUCCACUAACAAAAAGCAUGCUAGACGAGUUGCUAUUAUAUAGAAACUAUUUCAAAGCAGAAAUUUGAUCCAGAUAUUUUAAUCAGGUGCUAAUCUCUAUCUCUCUUCCUACAAAUAUAAUAAAAGUUUAAUAAAGCUUUGAAUACGUUUUAAUCUUGUAAUCCAGAAUGCUAACUAAUAUACCUAUCUUUAAUCUCACAAAAUUAAAACGUAUUAAAUCUUACUUCCGUUUCAAUAGUAUUUUUUAAGACAUUUUGAUGCUUUUUGUCACAAUCAUCCUAUCUGCAAUUCUGUCAAUUGUGCAUUUUUGUUAUAAGUAUUAUAUAUAGAGAUACACAACGAAAAUCAUUAGAGCAAUCCUAUUAUUAUUUGUAUCACUUAUUUAUAUCUAUUUUAAGUAUUAAUGUAAGUCUGCACUUUAAAUGACUUUUUAAUGCUUAGUUAAGCUAAGUACGGACCAAAGCUACAAGAUGUUCAAUAUGUGAACUUUGUCGACCGUUUCAAAUUCCUUAAUACUAUAUAUUUUGAAAAAUAUAUUUAUUGAUUUUCAUAUACUUCAAUAUAAUUAUAUCAGUCAAUCAUUGAAAGAAUGAUAAAUAAGAGAUACAAUAAUAAAUUUUUUUAAUUAAUCAUAUGCUCUCGUGUACUAACUCGUUCUAUCUAUAAAGGAUCUUUCUUAAAUAGUUUAAGAUCGAUCAAGUAUGUUUGUGUAAUAAUAAUCCAAAUUGCGAUGAUUAUUUAGUUUGCGAUAUAUGCUACAAUGUACAUAUCGUGGCGCUUAUGUUUCUUAAGAUAUUGUAAGACACAAUUUCUCUAUUAAAAGUUAUAGGCCCAUAUUCAGAACAUGCUUGUAACCAUGUCAGCGCGCUGUUAACCAAUGAAAAGCCACGCAAUAUGUCUUCUGAUUAGUUAACAGCGCACUAACAUAGUUAUAAGCAUGUUCUGAAUGCAUGGGAUAGUAUACAACACAAAAUAGUGUAUAAAGUUCUUAAACGUAUGAUCGAAAAUUAAAAACGAGCCUAAACUAUGA